AUGGCGCGGACACCACCCUCCCUUUCGCUAUUGCUAUGUGCAAUAUUCGUCUUCGCCUCGCGCGUCCUCGCCGUCUCGGCCGUCCUGGGCAUUGACCUGGGCACCGAAUACAUCAAGGCUGCCCUGGUCAAGCCGGGCAUCCCCCUCGAGAUCGUUCUGACCAAGGACUCCAGGAGGAAAGAGACCUCCGCCGUCGCCUUCAAGCCUUCCCACAAUGGCCCCAAGCAGGGCUCCUACCCCGAGCGCGUCUACGGCGCGGACGCCAUGGCUCUCGCCCCGCGCUUCCCCGGCGACGUCUUCCCAAACCUGAAGCCCCUCCUGGGCCUGCCCAUGGACAGCGCCGAGGUCAAGGAGUACGCUAAGCGCCACCCGGCCCUGCAGCUACAGGCUCACAAGCUGCGCGGCACUGCUGCGUUCAAGAGCGCCGGUGCCUUCUCGCCUGAGGAAGAGGCUUGGCUGGUCGAGGAGCUGCUGGCUAUGGAGCUGGCUAGCAUCCGGAGCAACGCUGAGGAAAUGGCCAAGGGUCCUGUGCGGUCGGCCGUCCUGACCGUCCCGCCGUUUUAUACGAUCGAGGAGAAGCGCGCUACCGAGGUGGCUGCCGAGCUGGCUGGUUUCAAGGUGCUGGGUCUGAUUAGCGACGGUCUGGCCGUUGGCCUGCACUAUGCGACUAGCCGGCAGUUCCCGAAUAUCAAUGAGGGUGGCAAGCCGGAGUACCAUAUGGUGUUUGAUAUGGGUGCUGGGUACACCAAGGCGACUGUGCUCAAGUUCCAGAGCCGGACCGUCAAGGAUGUUGGCAAGUUCAACAAGACCGUUCAGGAGGUCUUUGUCCUGGGCAGCGGCUGGGAUCGGUCCCUCGGCGGUGAUGCUCUCAACUACCUGAUUGUGGACGACAUGAUCGCAAAGUUCGUCGAUUCGCCAAGUGCCAAGCAGGCCGGUGUGUCGGCCGAUGAUGUCCGGGCUCACGGCCGUACUAUUGCCAAGCUGACCAAGGAUGCUGAGCGCGUCCGCCACAUCCUCAGCGCCAACCAGGAUGCCUCGGCCAGUUUCGAGGGUCUCUACAACGAUGUUGACUUCAGGUACACCAUCACUCGCUCUACCUUCGAAGAGAUGGCCGCUGGCCACGCUGAGCGGGUCGGCAUCGCUGUCCAGAACGCCAUCACCGCGGCCGGCGUCGAGCUCAAGGACCUUGACUCGGUCAUCCUCCAUGGCGGUGCUUCUCGCACCCCCUUCGUUCAGAAGGAGCUCCAGAAGGUCAUUGGCGGCGCCGACAAGAUCCGCACCAACGUUAACUCGGACGAGGCCGCCGUCUUCGGCGCCGGCUUCCGCGCUGCCGAGCUCAGCCCCAGCUUCCGUGUCAAGGAGAUUCGCGUCCACGACGUGGCUACCUACCCGGCUGGCAUGAAGUGGCAGACCGAUGACGGCAAGCCGAAGCAGCAGAUCCUGUGGCAGGCUUCGUCCCACCUUGGUGCCCCUGCCAAGGAAGUCACCUUUAAGAAGCGCGAGGAUUUCAAGGUUACUUUCUACCAGGUUGUCCCUGCGCUUGCGUCGGACGCGGGCACCGUGGAGGCCGAGACCAAGGUGCUCUCCACUACGAACCUGACUGCUACCGUGGCUGAGCUUGUCGACAAGCACAAGUGCAACAAGGAUGAUGUGCGCGUCAAGGUUGGUGCUCGUCUGACAAGCGAGAACGGCGAAGUGGAUGUGACCAAGGUUACGGUUGAGUGCGAGGUUGAGAUCGCCGAGAAGGAGGGCUUUGUGGAUGGCGUCAAGAACCUUUUUGGUUUUGGCAAGAAGGACAAGGAUCAGCAGGUCAUGAAGGACGAUGCGUCGUCCUCAUCUGAUUCUGAGAGCUCUUUGACCUCCGGGUCUUCCGCUUCGUCUACGACCUCGACUUCCAGCUCUCCAUCUUCCUCGGAGACGGCUGCCACUGCGUCUGCCGAUGCCGGCUCCUCUUCUAAGAAGAAGGAGCUCGUCGUCAUCCCCAUCAAGUUCACUCUGGAGAAGGCCGGUGUUCCUUACCUCCCUAAGGCCGACUUGGCUACCCUCAAAGACCGUCUCAAAGCCUUCGAUGCGUCGGACAAGGCUCGCAGGCAGCGUGAGGAGGCCCUGAACCAGCUUGAGCCCUAUACCUACAAGGUCCGCGAUCUCAUCGAGAAGGAGGACUUUAUCACCCACUCGACCGCCGAAGAGCGGGCCAAGUUGGAGAAGAUGGUCAGCGAGACAAGCGACUGGCUCUACGGAGACGGUGCCGACGCCGCCAAGGAGGUGCUUAAGGCUCGCCUCAAGGACCUCAAAGCCAUCGUGGAGCCCGUCGAGCGCAGGAUUGACGAGGCUGCCAAGCGUCCCGAGCUCAUCAAGGGCCUCCAGGAGGCUCUCAACGGCACCAAGACCUUUUUGGCCGACAUUAAGAAGCAGAUUGCGGACUACGAAGCCUUCCAGGCUGCCAAGGCCGCGGCUGAGUCUGCCGCUUCCUCUGGUCCUGACUCUGCUUCCUCGACCUCCACCGGCACUGACAUUCUUAGCACCACUCCUGCCCCGUCAGCCACUCCCACGGGUGAAUUCGACGGCCUCGAAGACAACGCGAGCAGCGUCUCGGCAGCCAAGUCGUCCGUUCACCCAGUCCAGGCCAACAUGGAGUACCUGGCCAAGCAGCGCGGCCCUGUCCCCCCACUGUACACGCUGGAGGAUUUGAAGGAGACAGAGGAACUUCAGGCGCAGAUCAGCAAGUGGCUCGAGGAGAAGCUCGCCCAGCAGGAAAAGCUGGGCCCGACGGAUGACCCCGUCCUGCUGGUCAAGGACCUGACCGAUAGGAGAGAGAAGCUGGACAAGGCGGGGGUGGAGCUGGCCAUGAAGGCGGUGAGGAACUACGAGAAGAAGAAGGAGGGCGAGAAGAAGGGGAGAAGAAGAGCAAGAAGAAGAACGGGAAGGAAUCGACGAGCUCGGCGGGCGACGGUGAAGUUUGAGGAGGGUAAGGUGCCGACACAGGAGGAGAUUGAUGACAUGUUAAAGGAGUUUUUGAAGGAGGCUGAGGAGACUAAGAAGGCGGAGCAGCAACAGCAGCAGCAGCAGCAGAAGGAGGAGGAGGAAGAGAAGAAGGGUCAUGAUGAGCUAUAA